AUGCAAGAUCAAGACUUGGCAUCUGACAGCAACCCAUCACACAACAAUGGCAGCGAGUCGACACAAACCACCUCUCAAACCUCAAACACGAAUGCCGACACGCAUUCUACUUCCUCCUCUCAUGCAUUAAUUCCCACAAAAAACCCUCAAACUCUCUCCGCAAACGACCAAAAAAUCUCAAAUUCGGAAUUUGCAACCAAUGCCACCACCACCAACUCCGCCACUAAGAACAAUAAUGCUUCAACUUCUCUCAAAUCCCAGUUACACACACUGAGUUCACCCAAUGCUCAACAAAACAACAAAAACAAACAACGCUCUCGUCCUUCUCUCAUAAAAAUCUCAAAAAACAAAGUGAGCAUUCAAACAUGUUGCGGAAUUCUUGAAUUGACUUGGAUGAAAGUAUUAGCAGUGUUGGGAAUGAUUGUUUGUGCCUUUUCUUUUUUUGUUCUUUUGGCAUUACUUAUUUAUGGACAAAAUUCAAGUGCCAAACAAGAUAUUGCCAUUUUGGUAGCUCGUAGUAAUUUAAUGUUGUAUCAAGCAUGGAUCGAUGCCUACACACUCGUUGCUGCCUAUUCACGAAAUGCAUCGUACAUGUGGUAUUAUUACGAAUAUCAGGAUGAUGUGAAAAAUUUAACCAACUAUUUGUACGAAGUGGUUCCAAAAGAUACUUACAAUGUGUCAGAGGCAACAAGAGUGACAAGAAAUCUGGAAAUCUCGAAUGAUAUUGCUGCCAAACUCAUUUCGAAUGGGAAUUUCACACAGGCAGUGAGUUUUUUGACUUCCGAUCGAUUCCUUUCAGAACGAGCUUCUUAUGGAGAAUUACAAGAUUCAUUGUUGCUCUAUGUGUUGAAUUCACAGAAACAGGCCAUUGAAUCGAGUGAAAUUGCGACACUCACGUCAUUGAUUUAUCUUUCAGUGGCUCUUGCCAUUACAUUGCCAAGUGUGGUCUUUAUUUUAGGAUUUGCCAUUAAUCGAGAUGGAAUUUAUCAGAAACGUUUGCAACGAGCGAGAGCCAUCGAAUUGCAAGAUACAAUGAAUAAUCCAAAAUUGAGAGCUCUAUUCAAGAAACAUUGUAUGAAGGAAUUGAAUCAAGAAAAUUUCGACUUUUUGGAACAAGUGGAUGUCUAUAAGAAAUUGUGUGAACAUUUGUUUGAAUUGGUGCAUUCAGAAGAUGAUAGUUCGACCAAUUCAGGAGAUACGAGUUUACAUUCACCACCUCAUGGUGUCACCAAUCAAGACCAUCAUUCAUCGAUUGUAUUGCAAGUUCCAAAUCUCCCCAACACUAUGACUGCAAGUAGUUCAUUGAGCGGUUUGGAAACCUCUAAAAAGCGUCAACAAUCCUUUUCUUCAGCUACUGAUUUAGGAAAUGAAGUGGAACUUAUGGAAGCAAGAAAAUACACACUCGUGAAAGAUAUUUACAACACCUUCCUUGAUGUGAAUGGAAUGAAAUCGUUAAAUAUUACAAAAAGUUCAGCAGAUGUCAUUAAGAAUGCUUUGGAACAAUACGAAAAUAAGACCAUCCAUUCCUUAAGUGAUACCUUAUUUGACAAAUUAGAGAGAGAUAUUUCCAUUACCUUAUUGGAUUCUCAUUUCAGAUUCAAGCAAAGUAUGGACUUUUUGAAGGAAAUGAAAAUUAAAAAGAUUCACGACUUGAAGACGAAUCGAAAUGAAAAGUCCCUUGAUCAAGAGAAGAAGUAA